CGUGCGCCGUUUAUAUUAUCGGCUCGUGCCCUUCAAAUGACACUACUUUGUCAGUAGCCGCAGUGAACGGAUCUCGUUUUUUUACGUGGUUGCAAUCAAGAAAACGACGACAUGAGCAAGAUCGGAAUUAACGGAUUUGGUCGUAUUGGCCGUCUCGUAUUGAGGGCUUCUCUGGAGCGCGGUGGUCAGGUCGUGGCCGUCAAUGAUCCCUUCAUCGGUCUCGAUUACAUGGUCUACAUGUUCAAGUAUGAUUCCACCCAUGGCAAAUUCAAGGGUGAGGUCAAGGCCGAGGAUGGUCACCUUGUUGUCAACGGAAACAAGAUCACCGUCUUCAGUGAACGUGACCCGAAGGCGAUUCCGUGGGCGAAGGCAGGCGCCGAGUACGUUGUGGAAUCCACCGGUGUGUUCACGACCAUCGAGAAGGCGUCUGCUCACAUAGAAGGCGGUGCCAAGAAAGUCAUCAUUUCCGCUCCGUCGGCCGAUGCACCGAUGUACGUUGUCGGUGUGAACUUGGAUUCGUAUGAUUCGAGUCAGAAAAUAGUGUCCAACGCCUCUUGCACGACCAACUGCCUGGCUCCCCUCGCUAAAGUGAUCCACGACAACUUCGAGAUUAUUGAGGGUCUCAUGACGACCGUGCACGCAAUCACGGCCACUCAGAAGACCGUUGACGGACCUUCUGGCAAACUGUGGCGAGAUGGUCGCGGUGCAGGACAGAACAUAAUUCCUGCGGCAACUGGUGCUGCUAAAGCAGUGGGCAAAGUCAUUCCGGCCCUUAACGGAAAACUUACUGGUAUGGCCUUCCGCGUACCCGUGCACAACGUAUCCGUGGUCGACUUGACAGUUCGACUCGCCAAACCGGCCACCUACGACGCUAUCAAAGCCAAGGUAAAGGAGGCUUCUGAGGGUCCUCUGAAGGGUAUUUUAGCUUACACCGAAGACGACGUGGUCUCAUCCGAUUUUAUCGGUGACAACCACUCCAGCAUCUUUGACGCCAAGGCUGGUAUACCUCUAAAUGACAACUUUGUGAAACUGAUUUCGUGGUACGACAACGAAUUCGGUUAUUCCAGCCGAGUCAUCGACUUGAUCAAGUUCAUGCAGAGCAAAGACAACUAAAUAUUUUUUUUCCAAAUCAAUUAUUCCUCCGUAUUCUCCUAGUUCCGAUCGGCGCGAAACAAUUACUACAUGUAUCAUAUCACUGUAAGAAACUGCUGUAAUAAACACGUUCGUAUUGAACGAAAGUUAUUUACUAAUUUGUAGCGGAGACGUGUAUGGAGUAAAGCGAAGUAUGUAGCUUUCUCGCACACAAUUGUAGAAAGCGGUGUGUCUUUUCGUCGCUGAUUGAAAAUUAUACAAAAUAAAAAUCCAGGUUCUAUAGAUA